AUGAAGGCCGCCCUGACUGGCCGUGCCGGCGCGGCCUGCCGGCCGGCCGCCUCGCUCCGCACCGGGCCCCUGGCCGCAGCUGCCGCGCCGCGCGCACCGCCGCGCGCAACCACCGCGCCAGCGCCCGCAGCGCCGCGCCCCAGCCCUGCGCCAGCCGGCAGGGGGGAUGCCCAGGUCGCUGCCGCCAAGAAGAAAGGCAAGGGCGGCGGCGGCGGCGGCGGCGCGCCGAGCGGUGGCGGCGGCGGCGGCGGCGGUGGUGGCAAGUACAAGAGCCCCGGGGAGGUGCGGGACGGGUCUGCCUACACCCAGGAGACGCGGAAGAUCAUCCUGAGCCUGGAGAAGAUCCGGAAGGUGGGCGGUCGACCUGGCUGCGGAGCGCAGCGUUGA